AUGCCCGGGGUACCGUCAAACAAGGCUUGUGAGCGUUGUAAAAAGCGACAUCUCAAAUGUGACGAGACUCGUCCACACUGUCAGCGUUGCAGCACGGCUGGCGUUCAGUGUCCUGGAUAUGUCCAGACUCGGAAGUUCAUAGAUCAAGGCGCCUCGGUACGGCGUCGAUAUGCGCCUUACCAAGACGGCAGUUUGCGGCCUCAUGCGCCCAAAGCCCCCGAAGAUGUUGCUAGCGAUCCUGUGCAAGCCAUAAAUCGCAAUCUGGAUCCCCAUCCGAUUAACAACCCCUCUCCCCGAUCGGAAUUGGCACCUCCUACUGAUUGGCCGCCUGCCGGGGUACACCAGCCCGAAUGGCAAUCUCCUAUGCAAGAUCCGAGGAUCAGCUCCGCGAUAGCGUCUCCACCUCUCUCGGCAUCCCUCCCGGGCCAGCGAACAAGCUCGCGCGUGGAAACAGGACCCGUCGAUACGACAGGUUCCACCCAGUCGCGCAGCGCUUCUAGUAGAAGUGUCGGCCCUAGUCCAGUUACCCCAAUCAAUGCACUCAACGAAAACUUCAAUCAUCUAGGCAAUGUAUAUAGUGACUCCAGGCAAAAGCCAUUCUCACCAAACGCUGGGAUAACGCAGUCUGCGAGCCCGUCCCAACGAAGCGAAAGGGAGGAGUUUCAAGAUAUCUUUUCCGAACUGAUGACGGGAACCGAGCAUGAAAUAGCGUUUCUUAUACGGCAUUAUUCAGAAACCUUGGGGCCUUGGCUGGAUCUCUCCGACUCGAACAAGUUUUUCGGUGCUUUCGUACCUAUCCGUGCCAUCAAUGACUCAUAUCUCAGAUUUGCCAUAGCUGCCCUGUCCGCCAAGCACCUAGGACGCAUGAAAGGCGCGGCACUGCACGUCGGUAGCGGGAUGUUCACCAGCCCCGCUACCAUGGAAACGUACCCUAAUUCGGCGCAGGUGGAUUGGUUUCUAAAAGCUGCUAAUUACUAUUAUCUGGCCGCUUCCGAGAUGAAUGCCAGCGUCUCAGAUGCUUACAACUCCGUGUCCAGCUCUGCCGUUCUAGAGUCACCGGUCGAGAUCGUUCGACGGUGGCUAGAUCUUCACACGAAGAAUCCUCGGUUUCAAUCACUCGGCGAAGAGCAUGCAGCUAGCGAGUUCUGGAAGAAGACAGAAAACUUACUAGCAGCUGCUACAGUUCUCAUUCUUUAUAAGCUGCUGGAUGAAUCCGGCGAUAAUUGGCAAUUGCAGCUUCGGGGCAUCGGACCAUUAUUCACCUCGUUGCUCAAACUACACCAUCUGACUUCCGGCCAUCCCACAUUUACCCAGGGCACGGCGGCAUCCUUUUGGAACUUGGCUCGGCAAGAUUAUCUGAGCUCAUACUAUACUCGAUUACCUCCACAUUUCGACCACCAGAACCUCCCACUGUGGAGUGCCGCCGGCAUUCCCAUCGACGACCAGGGAAACGUUUCAUCUUCCAAUAGCAACUCAUCCAACCUACGCCCCUCACCAGAAGACCUCUCGACAAACAACCUCAUCUGGCUCCUGAACAAGGUCAUUAAUUUUCUCGCCGAGUCCAAAAAGUCCCAACUCGAACAAUGGACCGGUCAAACACCGAUCCCCUCCCCUCCGAACACCACCACCUCCAUACCCCCAGCCGCUGCCUCCUCCACUCACCCCACGACAUCCACCUGGCUCAAACUCCAGUUUGAAUUCCAAGCCUGGCUUGAACGCAUGCCCGAGACCUUCCGCCCCUGCCUCCGACUCCAACAUCCCAAAGACCUCUCCAAACUCCCUGAUAUCCACCACAUGCCAUUCCCCGAGAUUUUCUACAGCCUGACUUCCUGCGCUGCCGCCAUGCAGCAGUACCAUUUCGGACGGCUCGCGCUCGCCCUCAAUCGUCCCUCCGACGCCGUCAGCGGCCCUAGCACCGCAUUUGAUCGGCUCCAGGGGUAUCGCGAGCUCACUAAGGAGGCCGAUUAUCGGUGCAAAGAGAUCUGUGGCAUUGCGUUGGGGAGGCCGCAGAGCGCGGCGCGGGUUUUUAUGGUGCCGCUUCUUUAUGCCGUGGGGCAGUGCUUUGAGAGUCCUGAGGAGCGGGCCAUCGUGAGGGACUUGAUGAGGGGCAUUGAGGCCGAUCUGGGCUUGGUGACGGCUAAGCAGGUGCAGAAGUUGCAGCAUGCGUGGUGUCAGACGUAG